AUGGUCAAAGGUCCUGCUUGCCCGUGGCAAGAUCCGCUACUGCGGCCAGAGGACUGUCAGCAACCCGUAACAAAGGGCAGCUUUCCGUGUAUCUCGUCUGUGGACGCCAUUCCCUCCUGGACACAUCACCGGAAGCCAGCGGAGAGGAUCACAGGCGCAAGGGAAGAGGGGGGCAGCCCGGCCACACUCUACAGCAUUCGGCCACCACCGAAACUACCGAGCACAACGGGAAGCUGCUGCUGCUGGGAGCCCAGACCAAGCCAGUUCUCAGCCCCCCUCCUCUUCUGUUGCCCAAUCCCCCUCUUCUUCCCAGUCCCCUUCUCAGCCCCCUCCCCUUCUGUUGCCCAAUCCCCCUCUUCUUCCCAGUCCCCUUCUCAGCCCCCCUCCCCUUCUUUUGCACAAUCCCCCUCUUCUUCCCAGUCCCCUUCUCAGCCCCCCUCCCCUUCUGUUGCACAAUCCCCCUCUUCUUCCCAGUCCCCUUCUCAGCCCCCCUCCCCUUCUGUUGCCCAAUCCCCCUCUUCUUCCCAGUCCCCUUCUCAGCCCCCCUCCCCUUCUGUUGCACAUUCCCCCUCUUCUUCCCAGUCCCCUUCUCAGCCCCCCUCCCCUUCUGUCGCCCAAUCCCCCUCUUCUUCCCAGUCCCCUUUUCAGCCCCCCUCCCCCUCUCUUUACCAAUAUCCCUCUCUGUCCCUCUCCCCCUCUGAAGGACAAACUACCACUCCGGCCCCCUCCCCCUCUCUUUCCCAGUCCCCCUCUCUUUCCCAGUCCCCCUCUCUGGCCCACUCCCCCUCUGUUGCCCAAACAGCCUCUCCGCCCCCCUCCCCCUCUCAAUCAGACCCACCCUCUGAAAAAAGCACCCCAAUCCCUCCUCCUUCACCAAUCCCUCCUUCCCCAAUCCAGUCUCCUUCCCCAAUCCAGCCUCCUUCCCCAAUCCAGCCUCCUUCCCCCAUCCAGCCCCCUUCCCCACUGAGUGAAUGGGCAGCAGAAGCCCCAGUGGAGAUUCCUGGGAGUCCGCAUGUGGCAGCUGAGAAUGGUGCCGUUGGAGGUCCCACAAGCCUGGCAGGCAUCGUGGCCAGCCUAAAGGGACAAUUGCAGGCAAUGCUGUCUGACCUGGAAAGGCUGGACAUUUAUGUUAAUUUAAUUUUUGAAAGUUUAGACAUAUUACAAACACAAAAAAAACAAAAAAAAUAUGUUUUAAAAAUAAAAUACUAUUUUUUACAGUUAAGCGCUUGUGUUUUUAAUUGCAAUAAAAUAACAGCAUAUUGCCAAGCAUAA